UAGGAACGGUAUAAAACCAUCACCCUGGCUGCGCUUGUUUUACAGGGCACAGUGCAGCAAUUCACUACGCGUUCACCAGUUCACCAUGAAGUCCUUGCUGUGUGUUGUACUAGUGCUGGGAUGCAUUGCAUCUUUACAGGCCGCGGCAGCGUCGCAGCGCGAUACCUUUGGGCUUGUUCACCAAGAUUCGUCGAUCGCGAAAUGCAUCGGUCUUUUGAGCACAGACGUUGUUGAGGGGCUGAAGGCCGUGGCCAGCCUUGUCAAAUACGCCUUGGCUAUCCCCGUGGUCGGCGUCAUCGCCGGACCCAUCAUCGGCAUCGCUGGUCUCGCCAUCUUACCCUUUAAACUCUUCCAAGCCUUGGUCGCCUGCGUCCAAGAAAUCAACUAAUGAAACUCAAAACGAGGACCAACAACGUAUUGUGAAAAUUGUCAACACAACGAAAAUGAUUAGAAAUUAAAUGAUAUGUCUCUCAGUC